AUGGCACUGAUGAAGAAGAGUCUCUUUGCUCUUCUCCUCUCAUCACCAAUCCUUAUCAUUUGUCUUAUUGCAUUGCUCGCUGAUCCGGUUUCUGUAGGAGCUCGCCGGUUAGUGGAGGAGAUUCCUAAACUGGAGAUACCAAAAUUACCUGAACUACCUCACCCGGAGCUACCAAAAUUUGAAGUUCCCAAGUUGCCAGAGCUCCCUAAACCAGAGAUACCUAAGUUACCUGAGUUCCCAAAGCCUGAGUUACCAAAAAUGCCAGAGAUUCCUAAGCCUGAACUGCAUAAGUUCCCAGAGAUUCCCAAGCCUGAGUUGCCCAAGUUUCCAGAGAUUUCUAAACCUGAAUUGCCAAAGAUGCCAGAGGUUACAAAACCUGAGAUGCCCAAGUUGAUGGAGACUCCAAAGCCUGAGGCUCCUAAGUUGCCAGAGGUUCCUAAGCCUGAGAUGCCAAAGGUACCAGAAAUUUCAAAGCCCGAGUUACCAAAGGUGCCUGAAAUUCCUAAACCGGAGCUACCAAAAGUGCCGGAGAUUCCUAAACCGGAGCUACCAAAGGUUCCUGAAAUUCCUAAACUGGAGCUACCAAAGGUGCCAGAAAUUCCUAAGCCCGAGAUGGCAAAGGUGCCAGAGAUUCCUAAGCCCGAGUUACCAAAGGUACCUGAGAUUCCAAAGCCCGAAUUACCAAAGGUACCGGAGAUUAAGAAACCAGAGCUUCCAAAGAUGCCGGAGAUUCCAAAGCCUGAGGCUCCUAAGUUACCAGAGAUUCAAAAACCUAAAAUGCCAACCAUUCCAGAGGUUCCAAAGCCUGAUGUACCGAAAGUUCCAGAGAUUCCAAAGCCAGAGCUACCAAAGAUGCCUGAAGUUCCCAAGUUGCCAGAAUUUCCAAAAGUUCCAGGAACUCACUGA